CAGUGAACGAUCGGACGCGUUAGAUCGAAAGUGUGGCCGCCCGUCGGAGUUCCGCUCGAAGAAAACAUCGCAGGAAAGGUCCCGUCAAAGCAAAAAAAAAAAAGAAAUUCUAAUCCGGUAGGGGUUACGCGCGGUGUUGACAUUUGUUUUCUUAAAUAUAUUUAAAGAAGUUUUAAAUAUAGGAAAGAUCUUGUUGUGGUUGUGGGGGAAAAAAUAGGACGCCUUCGAGCAUCGGUGGCCAAAGUGCAAUAACGCGAAAAAAAUACACCAAUUAGUGUCCGGAACCACGAUCAUCAAAGCAAAGCUGCCAGAAAAAAAUCACCACCAAGUGUUAAACGUGUUCAGGAGCUGCGUUGCGCGAAGUUCGGAGAGAGAGUUCAAAUUUCCUUUGACGGUGUGACGGCCUAAAGCUGGCCACGAUAAGCUGCUAGUAGUUUCUGAGCGAGCCCUCAACCUGGGGCUUCCGGGGCCGCCACUAAAAUGGGCGCCCCUGUGAAAUGGUUAAUAACAACCACGCUUCUUGUGUGGUUUGGACAGCACACAUAUGCGCAAUUUUGGCAAGAUCUGACGGGAGGCGUCGGUUUAUUCAACCGCAACGAACGAGAAUAUGACCGGCCAGCUCAGCCAUACAUCGAUCCUAGUUAUAACAUAAUAGAUACAGUUACUGGUGCUCAAGGGCCCCCACCUAAAAAUUGUUCCAGUGCAGGUGGAUGUUGUUUACCGAAAUGCUUUGCCGAGAAAGGUAACCGGGGAUUCCCUGGUCCACCGGGAUUGCAAGGGCCGAAAGGUAUGCAAGGUUUCACGGGAGCGGAAGGUCUCCCCGGUAGUAAAGGAUCGAAAGGUGAGCCUGGUCCGUUUGGGCCGAUGGGACCCAAGGGUGACCGAGGACGGGAAGGUUUACCCGGUUAUCCGGGAGUUCCUGGAACAAACGGGCUACCGGGUGCUCCGGGGGCACCUGGAAUUCCUGGUGUUGAUGGAUGCAAUGGAACAGACGGUCUUCCCGGGCUACCAGGUUUGAAAGGUGAACCUGGACCUCGAGGUUAUCCCGGUUUGCGGGGAGACAAAGGUGACAAAGGAGAACCUGCGAGAGAUCCGGAAAACUACAACAAAGGUCAGAAGGGUGAACCUGGCCAAGAUGGUGCUGAAGGGCUUCAGGGACGGCAAGGAGAAUCCGGUGAACGAGGGUUCGAAGGAAGACCAGGGCAGCCAGGUAUUCCCGGUCCACUUGGUCCUAAAGGUGAUAAGGGUAUAAAAGGUAUCUGUAUCAAAGGAGAUAAGGGGCAAAAGGGUGAAAAGGGAGUGGAAAUAGGCGCUGCAACCGGUAGUGAAACAGUAACUGGGCCACAGGGUCAAAAAGGAGAGAAAGGUGAUGGUGGAAUUCCUGGUUACCCUGGCGAGAAAGGGCAAGCAGGUGAAAGGGGACCCUCAGGAGACCGGGGAUUGAAGGGCGAAAAAGGUUUACCCGGACAACCUGGAAUAAGAGGUCGUGAUGGUAACUUUGGUCCUGUUGGUUUACCCGGUCAAAAAGGAGAUAGAGGCGUUGAAGGUUUGCAUGGUCUCAAAGGAAAUCCUGGUCCAAAAGGUGAACCCGGUCGAGAUGGAGCUGUUGGUUUACAAGGUAUUCCUGGACCUCAAGGGCCUCCUGGUGGUGGAGAAGGGCGCCCAGGUUUACCAGGCCCCAAAGGUCCAAGAGGUCAUCCUGGACCUCAAGGACCAAAAGGAAUGGAUGGAUUCCCCGGAGAACCAGGACCACGUGGACAGGUUGGACCUAAAGGUGGUCUGGGUAUUCCUGGCCGUCCAGGUUCCGAAGGUAUUCCCGGAGAAAAAGGUGAGAAAGGAGAGUCUGGAGCCGUAGGUCUUCCAGGUCCUCAAGGUCCCCGAGGAUUCCCGGGUGCACCAGGACCCGAAGGUUUGAGAGGUGAACCGGGAGAGCCUGGAAUUGGAAUUCCUGGUCAGAAAGGAAACGCAGGAAUGGCCGGAUUCCCGGGUUUGAAAGGACAAAAAGGUGAACGUGGUUUCAAAGGUAAUUUGGGUGCUCCUGGCGAUGCAAAAGAGGGUCGCCCUGGUCUUCCGGGACGCCCAGGACGUGAUGGAGAUAAAGGUGAUUCUGGUCGUCCGGGGUUACCAGGAUUAAAAGGUGAACGAGGAGAAAAGGGUGAAAUUGGAGGACGCUGCUCUGACUGUCGACCAGGUAUGAAAGGAGAAAAAGGUGAGCGUGGAUAUGAUGGUCCCCCAGGCAGGUCAGGAUCUCCUGGUACACCUGGCGAACGUGGAUAUCCUGGUGAAAUGGGCGUUGAUGGAAGUCCUGGUCCUCGUGGUGCACCUGGCAUCAAGGGUGAAGCUGGUAUGAAUGGUGUACCUGGAGCGCCAGGAGAACGAGGAGAAUCUGCAAUCGUAGAUUUGGAUCAACUUAAGCCUGAGAAAGGCAUGAAGGGAGAUCGUGGAGAACCAGGCCCUAUUGGUGUGAAGGGUGAGCCUGGACCAUUCGGGCCACGUGGUCCUGUUGGUCCUAAAGGUAGUUUCGGUAUCAAGGGAGAUAAAGGAAGACCAGGUGAACCAGGUAUAGAUGGAACACCUGGAGCUCCAGGACGAGAUGGCACACCAGGAAAAGCAGGUGAAUCCAUCCGAGGAGAGCAAGGCUUCAAAGGAAAUGCAGGAUAUCCCGGAGAGAAGGGAGAUAAAGGUUACUCAGGUUUGAAGGGAGAGCCAGGACGUUGUGCAAGUAUACCUCCAAAUUUGGAAGCAGCUAUUAAGGGUCCCCCUGGUGCUCCUGGAGAAAAGGGCUUUAUGGGACCAAUUGGAGUUAUGGGCCAGAAAGGAGAUAAGGGUGAUAGAGGAUUGACAGGACUAGGUGGUAGUCAAGGACCACAGGGGCCGCCUGGUCCAGUUGGUCCGCGUGGUUUACCUGGACCGAGAGGAGAAAAAGGUAAUCCAGGUCCGAUGGGUUUCCCCGGCAAUCCCGGUAAAGAAUGCAAUCCAGGAAUUCCUGGACUACCCGGACCUAAAGGAACGAAAGGUGAUCCUGGUUUGUCAAUGGUAGGACCUCCAGGUCCAAAGGGUAAUCAAGGUCUUCGUGGUCCGAAAGGCGAUAGAGGUGGUAGCGGAGAUCGCGGUGAACCAGGUCCACCAGGUAUUGUUGGAUAUCCAGGAGAGAAAGGAGAUGCUGGUACUCCUGGUAUAUCAGGUUUACCAGGAACAGUCGGGCCUAAAGGUGAACCUGGUCCAAAAGGACCUGCUGGCCUUCCGGGUGCUCCUGGUCGACCAGGUAUGGAUGGUGUGAAAGGACUGCCAGGGUUGAAGGGAGACGUCGGCGCUCCAGGAGUUAUUGGAUGGCCAGGCCAGAAAGGUGAUACCGGUCCUCCUGGUAAUGACGGACAGAAAGGUUUCCUGGGACGCAAGGGUAUUCAAGGUUUGCCGGGAGCUCCAGGUUUGCCAGGCUUACAAGGUCCUAAAGGUGAACGCGGUGAAAAGGGAGACAAAGGAGAAUACGGUCUAACUGGUUCUCCAGGCUUGACUGGUCCCCCAGGUCCUCCUGGUCCUAAAGGUGACAAAGGUUUGAUUGGUCCUGUUGGAUUAGAUGGUCUCAGUGGUCUGCCUGGCGAGAAAGGAGACAGAGGAUUUACGGGUGCUCCUGGUAUGCCAGGCGAACCUGGCUCAUCGUCGGAGAAGGGACAAAAGGGAGAACCUGGUGCUCCUGGAUUGCGAGGAGUGGAUGGUCGUCCUGGAUUAAAUGGUGUGCCGGGAGGAAAGGGUGAUGCCGGUCUUCCUGGCUACGGACGACCAGGUCCACCGGGAGAAAAAGGAGACCGUGGUAACCCUGGAUUGAAUGGAUUGGCAGGCAUUGAUGGACUGAAGGGUGAUGCUGGCGUGACUGGAUUCCCAGGCAUGAAAGGAGAUAAAGGCAAUUCGGGUCUCCCAGGAAUUCCCGGUUCUCCUGGUAUGGAUGGUACCCCAGGUCCUGAAGGUGCUCCAGGAUUACCAGGCCUUGAUGGAGAGAAAGGUUCUAAAGGAGAGGCGGGACGUAUCGGCGAGCGAGGAGAACGCGGUGAAAAGGGAGACCUUGGUCCUCCGGGACCACCAGGCUACAUGGGUUUGAAAGGAGAAAGAGGUAUUCCUGGAGAAAAGGGAACACCGGCUUCUGUACAGGAUGUGAAAGGAGAUAAGGGCGAAGCUGGUCUUCCUGGUCCCGUUGGUUUACCUGGAAGGGUCGGUUUACCUGGACUAGUUGGUGAGGUCGGUCUAAAGGGAACACAAGGCGUACCAGGUCCACCAGGAUUCCCGGGACCUCCAGGACUAAAUGGAUUGCCUGGAAUGAAAGGUGAUAUUGGUCUUCAAGGAGAAAAGGGUGAACCUUGUCCAGUUGUUAAAGGGGAGAAGGGUCUGCCAGGAAGACCUGGUAAAAAUGGUCGCGAUGGUGGUUUGGGUCCUGCUGGAGAGAAAGGUGAUAAAGGAUUGCCUGGAUUGGCGGGUCCUGAGGGCCCACCUGGAUUACCUGGCCCGUUGGGUCGACAAGGUGAGAAGGGUGACAGGGGAGAUACCGGUAUUGAGGGCCGUCCAGGCAAGGAUGGUUUCCUCGGACCGCCAGGUGCUAAAGGUGAUAGAGGUUUCCCAGGAGAAAAGGGUAAUCCUGGACCACCAGGUUUUCCGGGUCCUAAAGGAGAUAAAGGUGACCGUGGUCGAGAUGGGCGUGAUGGUUUUAAUGGUCCUCAAGGUAUCAAAGGUGAACGUGGUCCGCAAGGUCUUGAGGGAGUUCCUGGAUUAGUUGGUAUGACCGGUGAGAAAGGAGAUAGAGGUAUUAGAGGACCAAAUGGUUUGGACGGCGCUCCUGGAGAAAAGGGUCAAAAAGGUGAAACGCCAAUUUUGCCUCCUCAGCGGAACGGGCCACCUGGUCCGCCAGGCUACGAUGGUCCUAAGGGAGACAAAGGCUUACCUGGUUUGCAAGGACCUCCUGGUAUUCCCGGGGCUCCAGGUGCUCCUGGAGAAAUUGGUUUACGUGGUCUGGAAGGAGCCCGAGGUCUUCAGGGUCUUAGGGGUGAAAUCGGUUUAGAAGGUCGACCUGGUCGUGAUGGUUUCCCUGGAACACCUGGUCCAAAGGGAGAGCCGGGUCAACCAUGUACACACGCUCCUGAUUAUAUGACCGGAAUUUUGUUGGUCCGACACAGUCAGUCUGAGGAAAUUCCACAAUGUGAACCAGGACACGUCAAACUUUGGGAUGGUUAUUCGCUGUUAUACAUUGAUGGCAACGAUUAUCCUCACAACCAAGAUUUGGGUUCCGCAGGAUCUUGUGUUCGUAAAUUCUCAACACUGCCUAUUUUAGCAUGCGGUCAAAACAAUGUAUGCAACUACGCCUCAAGGAACGACAGGACGUACUGGUUGUCCACAUCCGCGCCAAUUCCUAUGAUGCCAGUUACCGAACACGAGAUGCGUCCUUACAUUUCGAGGUGCACAGUAUGCGAGGCUCCUGCUAAUGUGAUAGCUGUGCACAGUCAAACCCUGGCAAUUCCAAAUUGCCCGAAUGGCUGGGAUAGUUUGUGGAUCGGAUACAGUUUCUUGAUGCACACUUCCCACGGCCAUGGUGGAGGAGGUCAGUCUCUAUCAGGACCUGGUUCCUGUCUAGAAGACUUCCGUGCCACACCGUUCAUCGAAUGUAAUGGCGGAAAGGGUCAUUGCCAUUACUACGAGACACAGACCUCGUUCUGGCUCGUUUCACUAGAAGAUCAUCAGCAGUUCGAACGACCACAGCAACAAACGCUGAAGGCAGGCAAUUUAUUAUCGAGAAUAUCCCGAUGUAAUGUGUGUAUGCGAGUUUAGUUCACGAAGUUUUUUUUUUUCCUAAACGUAACACAGCAAUAUGAAGAUCAGAAAAUCUCUAUUUUUACACAGAAAGCUUUCUUAAGUUAUUUUUAAAAGAGAUUUAGAUGCAGUUAGGGAUUUUAAGAUUAAGAAUUUAUCUUUAACUAGAGUCCCAAAUGAAACCAAAAAUAUGUAAAAACCUGAAAACGUAUGUAAGUAUACAAGUUAAAAUUCCUGUAGCUUUUAUAAAAGAGAAGAAACCGUGUUUGGGUGCGCUGAAAACUGUGCUAGUUUCCUCUAGUUAUUUGUUAAUAGAACCAAAAUACUGCCUUCUUUCGAUAACCGUACGAUAAAAAAAAUCAAUCCACUGUCCAGUCAAAAAACCUCCCAGCAACGAAUUUAGAUAGAAUAAAAUGAAAGAAAAAGUGUACGAAUAUACCAGUGCAAAUUUGCUUGUGAUGUUUUUUAUUGAUCAUUUUAGCCACUGCCUCAAUUUAGAAAUGUCUUUGUAAUUUUCAAAUUUUAUUGCUCGUUAAGUCCAAAAGAGAUGGAUGAUUUUUUUCUUCACGAAACCAUAUUUACCAACUUUUGUGCCAUUAGAAGAACACCUCGACGGCGUUUUUGCGACAUUUUAGAAAUGUCCUCAUUAAACCGAUUGAUCUAGUGAAAUAAUAUUAAAUAAACUGUGCACACCGAUGAAGCCACAUUUCGAAAACUGUACAAUUCCGUUCUAUAUACGCUAAGUGUUGUAACCGAGUAAUAUUUGUCUACUUUUAUGUUCUCUUUCAAAAUAACAAACCCGAUGCAGUCAAAAUAAAAUUCUCGAAAAUUA